AAGUUUACAUGUCUACCGGCCUUCAGUGACGUAACAGGAAAAAUAAAUAAAGAGAAGGGGAAGAAGAAGAGUGAGAUAUAGGCUGCUAAUCUCUGGGAGGGAAAGAAAAUUAUCGAGAUGACAAGCCUCGUUGUGCCAUUAACAGAUUUGGGUCUCUAAUUCCAUAUAAGCUCGAGGCAAGAUUUGCUUGCUCCCUCAUUUUUACCCCCCAAGAUUUUCUUUUCUUUUUAACAAGUUGUACCCCAAGUUCAUAAGAAUUCAAGCAUCCGCUGCAAGAUGUGCAAUUUAUUCAAAUCCAUAGUGGUGGCUGCGGCGUUAUUGCUUCUGGGUCCGUGCACUGUCACCAAAUGCAUGGCGUUUGGUUCUCCUCCUUCUUCUGAGACCACUAUGCACACUAACAAUUGGGCUGUUCUGGUCUGCACCUCUCGAUUCUGGUUUAAUUAUCGACACAUGGCCAAUACUUUAUCCCUGUAUCGGACUGUUAAGCGACUUGGAAUACCUGAUGAGAGAAUAAUACUUAUGCUGGCAGAUGACAUGGCCUGUAAUGCUAGAAACAAGUAUCCUGCCCAAGUUUUUAACAAUGAAAACCACAGACUCAACUUGUAUGGAGAUAAUGUUGAGGUGGAUUAUCGAGGGUAUGAAGUGACAGUUGAAAAUUUUUUACGUGUAUUGACUGGGCGUCAUGAGAAUGCUGUUCCAAGAUCUAAGCGUCUUUUGAGUGAUGAAGGAAGCCACAUUCUUUUGUAUAUGACAGGACAUGGAGGAGAUGAAUUUUUAAAAUUUCAAGAUUCGGAAGAGCUCCAGAGUCAUGAUUUAGCUGAUGCAGUUAAACAAAUGAAAGAAAAGCAUAGAUUCAAGGAGCUGCUGAUAAUGGUAGACACUUGCCAAGCUGCCACUCUCUUCUCUCAGCUUCAAUCACCCGGAGUUUUGGCUAUUGGAAGUAGCAUGAAAGGGGAGAACUCAUACUCACAUCACUUGGACUCUGAUGUUGGUGUUUCUGUUGUAGAUCGUUUUACAUUUUACACCCUUGCGUUCUUUGAGAGGCUAAAUAUGUAUGAUAAUGCCUCAUUGAGCAGUCUUUUCAAUUCCUAUAACCCAACCUUGUUGAUGUCAACCGCAUAUUACAGAACAGAUCUAUACCAGCAACACCUGGAAGAGGUGCCCGUGACGAACUUCUUUGGUUCAGUCAUGGAAACUAUACAUACUGAUUCAACUUAUAAAGCCCCUUCAAUAAAAAGUUUCAGCAGAGCUGAAAUCAAGAUGCCCCUUGAUCAACCAGCCAAUGACAAUGAAAGAAGAAUUUUGGCAGAUUCAAAUGGUCAAGAUCAAAUCAGUAACCCCAAAAAAGAGGAACAACAGGGUGCUUUCAGACAUUUGUGGAACACUAUUAAUGACAAGGUGGAAAAAAUUGAAGAUGUCGAUUCCUUUGUGCUGUACGGCCUGUUAGUAAUGCUUCCAGUGUUGCUACUUCCCACGCUGUUAUCAUGGUGAAAGUUUUGGUGCAUUUCAUGCAAUUCCUUUCCCCACGUCGUGUUCAUUAUUUUGCUCCUCCACCAAUCAAGUGUUUGCGUGCGCGUGUGUGGGGACAGAGAGAGAUUGAGAGAUGUUGAUUUAAAGUCUUCCCUGUAAUUGAUUGCUGGGAUUGCACCAAUUUCAUAUAUAUAUAUAUAUAUAUAUAUAUAUGUUACAGAAGAAAAGUUUAAGCUUUCCAUGGACAGGUGAUAUGGGCCCACUGUCAUGCACUAGGAAUAUGAUUUGAUCUAAGAGCUGAAUUUGCUAAUUGGAUUGAACACUUCUUCGACCAUCGAAUGAAAGAUGGGAGAAAGUGGAUCUCUUUUCAUAUUA